AGGGAGAGUGUGCGUGUGACAGAGAGAGAGAGAGCGCGCAAGAGCAUUAAAAAAAUCUGCCAGCGGCGUCAGUGGAUUUAGUUUUGUUGUAGUAGUCUAAGUGGUGCGCGUAGUUUGUGCUCCCAAAGCAACAAUAAUUAUAAUUAUAUUUAAAACGAAAAAAAGCUGCAAUUAAUUUACACAAAACGAAUACAACAAAUUGGCCGCAGUGUGUGACAUGCUAAAAAUGACAAAUGUGCCGAUGCCGACAAUGCUUAAGCUAGGCAGCAGCAGCACAAACACAAGCAGCCGCAGCAGAGGCAGCAACGGCGCAGCAACAACAAAAAAGGCACAGCAUAAUGGAGUAGCCGCAGCUGCGUCGCUGCGCUGCGCAACAGACGACACGGACGAAUCCGAUGAGGACUCUGAGUCUGAACUAGAUAUUGAAGAAGAAGACGACAUUUUGCUCGGUGAUGCCGACGAUGAUGAUGUUGUGCUGCAAAUUGAUAGUGAGGAUGAGGCUGAGUUGGAAGCGCAGCGCAUACGCUUGGAUGAUUUGAAGGCCGCUGCCGCAGCUGCAAAGUCGCAGGUCAGUAACGGUAAAGACGUGACUGCGACUGCGACGCAGCAGAAACAAAAGCAACAGCAGCAAGAACAAAAACACAAACAAAAACAACAGCAACAACAACAGAAGCAGCAGCAGCAGCAGGCGCCGCAGCCAGCGCCGCAGCCAGCGACGCGAAAGCCGCGUGGGCGGCCACCCGGCAGCACAAAUAAAAACAACAACAAAAAUCAGCGAAAUAAAAACAAACGCAAAAACACAAACAGCGCCUGCGUCAGCGUCGGCGCAAGCGUCGCUGUCGCUGAUACUGUUCCUGCUGCCACAACUAUUCCCGUCCCUGUAGCUGUUUCCUCUCCAGCUGCAGUAACUGUUCCCACCACAGGUGCUGUACCCUCUCCUGUAACUGUUCUCCCCACAAUCGCAGCUACUAUUCCAUCACCUGCCACAGCUGUUGUUCCCACUCCUAGUACAUCUGCUGUUCCCACUCCUCCUACAGCUGUUGUUCCCACUCCUAGUACAGGAGGUGUGCCCACUCCUACUGCAACUGCUGUUCAAACUUCUAUUACACCUGCUGUUCCCUCUCCUGCUGCUGUUCCCACACCCAUCGUAAUCGCCCAAAUACACGCGGAUGAGAAGGCGCAUCGCUUCAUUUUUAGCUGCGUCAGCUGCUCGCUGCUCUACGGCGAUGCCGAGUCCCUCUCCCAGCAUUGGCACAAAACCCACAAUCAGCAGGUUAAAGCCACACCGCCAGGUGAUGAGCAAAUAAAGCUGGAGCCGCCAUUGGAACUCAACGAUGACAUCAAAUUGACCGACUUGAAGUGUUGUGCUCAACUUUGGCUAACGGAGGAGACGUCCAAGCAGCAACUGCGCUGCGCCAGCUGCAGUGAGCAGUUCAAGCUAAGCAAGGAGCUGCAACUGCAUCUGGGCAAGGAGCAUGGCAUCUUCAAGCUGUUGGUGCCGAAACGUGAACCUAGCGAACCUAUGGUGAGCAUACCAUGCGAAGUGGGUAGUUCAUUGCAACCACUGGAGCUGCCGGAGACGCCGCCGCCCGAGAAGGAGGCAGCGGACAAAGAUGAUCUCGCAAUGAUAUCCGCCAUGGUGGCGGAGAUAGCGGCAGAGCGCAAUCCUAAGGUUAACAAAAUGAUCAUCAAGUUGCCCUCGGUGGGCAAACAGCGCGGACGCAAGCGCAAGAAGAAAGAGCAACCAAAGCCAGAGGAGGAAGUGGAGGAAGAGCAGCCGGAAAGCAAACGCAAGCGAGGACGCAAGGUGCAGAAGGCAGUGCAGCCAGAGAAGACACCGGAAAAGGAAGAGAAGCGGGAAGAGAAUCAGGAAAAGAAUCAGGAAGAGAAGCAGGAAGAGAAACAAGAAGAGCAGCAGGAAAAGCAGUCCGAGAAACAGCCAGAAAAUCAGCUGGAAAAGCUAGCGAAGGAGUUGCAGCCAGAGAUCAAAGAGGAAUUGGAACCACGUCGUCCGCGCAAGUCCCGCGCUUUUGUCGACUAUGUCGUCGAUGUAAAGGACGAAGAAGAUGACGACGACGGGGACGACGAUGAAGAAGAUGAUAAAGACAGCGAUUCUGAUGUGGAGACACCGCACAAUAGCUCCACAGACGACAGUCAUGGCACGCCAUCGAUUAAGCGUGAAUCAUCGGAGGAAUCGCAGCGCAAUGGCGGCACCAUACACACCUGCAACUUCUGCAGCAAAACCUUUCAACGUUUCUCCCGGCUGCAGGAUCAUCUGCGCCUGCACACAGGCGAGAAGCCACACGUCUGUGGCGAGUGUGGACGCGCGUUUCGCCUGAAAAUGCGUCUUGCCGAGCAUCAGUUGCGCCAUCGCACCGAAAAGGCAUUCAAGUGUGAGCUCUGCGAUCGUCCGCUGGCUACCAAGCAGGAUAUGUCGCUGCACAUGCGUCACCACAAGAACGACCGACGCUACAAGUGCGAUCGCUGUGGCAAGGGAUUCGUGCGCAGCUCGGAUCUGGCCAUUCAUGUGCGUGUCCACACGGGCGAGAAGCCCUACAGCUGCGAUCUGUGCGGCAAAGCGUUUCGUGCUCGACAGAAUCUCGUCGUUCAUCGACGCACCCAUCUGGGCGAUAAGCCCAUUCAAUGCGAGCUCUGCGACAAACGUUUCUCCCGCAAGAUCGAUAUGCGCGUUCACAUGCGCCGACAUACGGGUGAGAAACCCUUCAGCUGCAACGCCUGCCAACGUGGUUACUCUUCGCGCGUCAAUCUGCAGCGUCAUCAGCAACGCGAGCAUGGCGGCAAGGCUUCAAGUGAGCCAAAGGUGGAGGAGCCAGCGACUGAGGAGGUCAAGGAAAAACCGGAGACACGUCGUCCGCGUCGGGAGAAGUUGCAGGAGAAGAUUGCCGAGCAGGAGAAACUGUUGGAUGAACUCAAGCGCAGUCUGAGCACGUUGCCCGAAAUUGCCGAGGAAUCAAAGGAAGUGAACGCCGAGGGCAAAGUGAAUAUUACAGAGUUGGCUGCUGAUGCUGGUGCAGGCAGAGAGACGAGCGUGGGCAUGGCACAGGUUUCGGUGACGGUGUCGAUGCAAGUGGAGCCCGCUAAGCCUGAUGACGAUGAGGAGAUCACGCCGGAGAAGGAGAAUGCACGUCAGAGCGGCUCCACAUCGGACGCCGUGUCGAGCACUGGAAAGACGAAGACUAAUCGCAAGAUAACGAGCUAUUUCACGGUCGUUGGCCAGCAGGCGGAAAUCUAAAAAGACUUAUCGAGACCAAUUACAAAAGCCAAUUCAAUUCACUUCAAUUAACAAUUCAAUCAAAUCCAAUCCAAUACAAAUUUCUUACUCAUUAGCUUAAGUUGCCGCUGUACUUGAAAUUCUGUAGCCUAGGAUGAACCUCGCAGACCAGCAGAAGAUUUCAUUUUCUAUAUAAGAUUUUCAAUUUUGCAGGGAUUAAGUAUUCUCUCUAUAUAUGUAUAGACUAUACUAUAUAAAUCGGUAUAGAUACCGAUUAAUUUUUGAAUGAACAAGCAUUAAGCAUAAUUAAUUACUUUUUUUGCAUUUGCAUUUAAUUAACUUUAACGAACAGAAAAGACUACGUUUUAAAAGCAUUAUUCAUACGGAAACAAAAACGCGAAACGAAAGAAAAACACUAAAAGAGACUGCAAAGAAAAAGUUUAUAAUUAUAUUGUACACAGAAAGCAUUUGAUAAAUGUAAUAUUGUGAAUAUUAAUAAGUUCAAUUUGAAGCAUGUAAUAGAAGGAAGAGGAUAUCUCAAGGUUAUCCUUAAGCACAACUGUACUUCUAACCUAAAAUUGUAAUUGAUUUCAAUUGAAAAUGUAACCAUUAUUAAAUUGCCAGUCAUGAAUUAUGCAAUUUAAUGUGCUAUGUGUAAACCUGAUCAACAUUACGCAUACUCAAUUCCAAAUUAUGCUUAAUUAUGCAUAAUUAUAAAUAUUAUACUUUUAAGAACUCACUCAACGCAGCUCACCACACACUCAUACGCACACACUCCCACACACACACACACACAUACAUAUAUAUUUAUUUUAGAGUGUGAGUUCUAUUCUCAAUAUGAUUUCUCGAAUCUUAAGCUAAGCAAAAAGACAACAACAACAAAGAACUACGCAGCAAAUUCAUUUGGCGAACAAGAAAAGAAAACGGAAGCGUAGCAUUUCUUAAUGAUUUAAGUCGAACGCGCAUUUAUACUUAUAAAUCGUAUUUAGCAUUAGCAUUAAGGCCAAGUCCAAUGAAAAUACAUUUAUUUUAUAAUC